AAUAUGUCAGUUAUCUUCUGAGUAAUUCUGAGAUGUGUAUGAAGUGUGAUUGCUCUUGAUGAGGAGCUUAAUACGUUCAUUAUCCGCUAAUGUGCACAUACAUGAACAUGGCCUAAUUGACUCCUUCCCCAUCAACCAUUGUUUAUACAUAAAGGUACAUUAAAACAUUUAUUAAAUCUUCUUUUUUGAAUGACUUUUUUAUUUUCAAUGAAAGUAACACUUGAUGUGUGUUUUAGACCAGGUGGAAAUGAAACAGCAAAGAGAAGAACUGAAUGAAGUAGAGGAGGAACAUCAUAACUUUAAAACUCAAAGAACAAAUGCGAAAAAACUGCACACCUGCCCUCAGUGUGGAAAGAGUUUCACAGGAAAUGGAGGUCUUGAAAGACACUUAAGAAUUCAUACUGGAGAAAAACCGUUUACAUGCACUCAGUGUGGAAAGAGUUUCACACAUAAAGGAGACCUUACGACACACAUGAGAGUUCACACCGGAGAAAAACCAUUCAAGUGUGAUCAAUGUGGAAAAAAGUUUAUUUCAUCAUCACAUCUAAAAGCUCACCUGAAUGUUCAUUUAGAUGAGAGGCCUUAUGUGUGUUCUCUCUGUGGAAAGAGUUUUUCAUGGCUGAACAGUUUUAAACAGCACCAGAAAAUACAUAAAGAAGUCAGAGAUUAUAUGUGCUUUGACUGCGGGAAGAGAUUUACAACAGCUGAGCAUCUGAGGCAGCACCAAAGAAUUCAUACUGGAGAAAAACCUUACAAGUGCUCAUCUUGUGACAAGAGUUUUACUGUGUCUGGAAACCUGAAAAAACAUGAGCGUAUUCAUACUGGAGAGAAGCCGUACUGCUGUUCUCAGUGUGGGAAGAGUUUCACCCAAUCACAUCAUCUUGUUGCUCAUAUUAAAAAGCAUUGUUCUGUGUCACAGUGAGAAAAUGUUUUCUUCAGAUCCAACAUUUUGAAGUAAAUCAUGUGAGUUUCAAAUAAAGUAAGGUUCCCUUUGUAAAGUGUUUAUAAAGGUGUUUGUUAAUGACUAAUAACUCAUUUACAAAUGCAUUAAAAGUCAUU